CGAGUACGCGCUGACGUCAGCCAUCCCCACGAACAGAGCGAUGUGCUGGAAUGUGGGGACUUGUUACUCCUGGAACAAAUUCGUUUCAAAUAAGUUGAAAAAUAUAGCUUUCGAGUUGCAAGAAAAGAAGAAAGUGGCUUAAGGACAGCAUGGCUGCUCAGACUGUGCACCCCAUUGGAGCCAACAUGUUCUCGUCUCCGGGGGGCAUGCCCCUGAGUGGGGAGGGACACGGGCUGACCGAGCUGUCCAGGACCGAGAUGGCGGCGCCUCAGCUGGUCAUGCUGGCCAACGUGGCCCUGACCUCGGAGGUCAGCGGCUGCGAGUACAUGAUGGAGGAAAAACAGAUGGUGGAGCUGAAGACCGUGGGCAGCACCUUCUCGGACAGCGAGGAGGAAAACCUGCUCAGGUGCGACUACGAGAACCAGCUGGAGAUGCCCGUGGGGUUUUACGCCGAAACCUCCCAGGGGACGGGCUCCGACGAAGAGGUCCUGCCCAGCGCCCCCGUGUUCUGCCAUUCGCCCCCGGGGGCCAAGAGGAAGCGGGGCCACCGCUGCGUGGAAGCGCCCAAGAAGAAGAAGCCUUUCCACUGCAAGCCCUGCCAGUACCAGGCGGAGUGCGAGGAGGAGUUCGUGCACCACAUCCGCGUGCACAGCGCCAAAAAGCUGAUCGUCGUCGGGAGGGCGGAGAACGAGGAGCAGCUGAAGGAGGCAGCGGAGAGCACGGAGGGGGUGGUCUACAACAAGGGCGUGAUCCGCUGCGAGCGCUGCGGCUACAACACCAACCGGUACGACCACUACAUGGCGCACCUCAAGCACCACAAGAAGGAGGGCGACAGCCAGCGGGUGUACAAGUGCACCAUCUGCACCUACACCACCGUCAGCCAGUAUCACUGGAAGAAGCACCUGAGGAACCACUUCCCCAGCAAGCUCUACACCUGCUCCCAGUGCUGCUACUUCUCGGACCGCAAGAACAACUACGUGCAGCACAUCCGCACCCACACAGGAGAACGUCCUUUCCGGUGUCCUUACUGCAAGUAUUCAAGCUCCCAGAAAACCCACCUGACCAGACACAUGCGAACACAUUCAGGUGAGAAGCCCUUUAAAUGCGAGAGUUGCUGCUACGUGGCCGCUAACCAGCAUGAAGUCACGCGUCAUGCCAGACAGGUUCACGACGGACCCAAGCCCUUGAGCUGCCCUCAUUGUGACUACAAAACGGCGGAUCGCAGCAACUACAAAAAGCACGUGGAACUCCACGUCAAUCCCAGGCAGUUCCUGUGCCCUGUCUGUAACUACGCCGCUUCCAAGAAGUGCAACCUGCAGUACCACAUCAAGUCCAGGCACCCUCACUGCACUGAAAUCACUAUGGACGUGUCGAGAGUGAAGCUGCGCAGCAAACGGACUGGACCUGGGGCUGCUUACUACCAGGCAACAGGCAGUCCUCAGUAUGCUGUGACUGGGCAAGAAGAAGAACCGAAACGCGUGGGCCAGGAGAAAAAAUCAGAGAAACAAGAAAAGAGCGAGGGCGAGAAGCAGGCGAACACAGGUGCGUUGAAUCUCACGACCGCCAAAACUGUGAAGCCCAGCUCAGAAUCAGUUAAGGAGAAGCAGCAGAAGGAAAAGGGCCUCAAGAAGGGAGAGGAGGGCUCCGAUAAGGAGAACAUGGAAAAGAAAGAGAAAGUUCAGGGGUGCACAGACAAGGAAGAGAGAGCGGAGAAAACUACAGGAAAGGAGACUGUGGAGAAGAGUACAGGACAGGCUGCGGACAGGCCUGAGAAAGCAGAAAAGAGCUUGGAGAAAACGGCGAGAGCGGAAAGUAAUAUAAAAAGGGCAGAGAACGGUGCUGAUAAGCUGGUAAAGAAGAAAGAGAAAGAAGCCAAGAAAACGGCUGAAGCGGCCAAACCUGCAGACAAGGCGCCGAAGACGAGGCCCAAAAGAGAAAGGAACCCAGCAAAAACGAACGUCAGUGCUGAAAAGCCUAGCAAGACUGCAGAGAGAGUGAACAAGAACCCGGAGAAGGCAGUUAAAGGCACAACAAAGAAGUCUGCCAAACUGACCAAAAUGGAGAAAGCAGAUAGCGAGAAGGCCCGCGAGGGUUCGGACACCACAGAAAAGGGUUCAGAGAAGCUGCCCAAGACCAAAGCAGGGAAGAGAAAAGCAGAGGCGAUGGAACCUGCGCCAGCGAAAGAGAACUCUGAGCAUCCUGCUUGUGUGGAAAAAAAGAAGAAGAAAAUGAAGGGCAAGGACAAAAGUUCCAAGAAAAGUAGCAUCCUCAGAAAGAAGCACAAAAAGCUGAAGAAUUGCAAGUCAUCAAAAAGCAAAGGUAAGCUGGGUAAGAAAGCAGACUGGCCCACCACUGUCAAACUGAAAAAGAAAACUACAAAGACCAAAAAUGAGAAGAGCAAGACAGCUGUGGAAGAGCCAGCCACACAGGAGGAGAAAAGUGACGCUAAUGACUCUCGGGAUCCCUUACAAAAUGAGGAUUAUCCAGUCACAGAGAUCCAGCUGGUGAUUGUUGAGGAGGAGGAGCACCUGGCUUCUGAAAAGGUAGGCAGCUCCCCAGUGGACAGCUGUACUGAGGAGGCCACUGCUGAUGGGCGGGAAGAUGGUACUGGUCAUGGACAGGAAGAGGCCAUGGCUGAUGGGCAGGAAGAGUCCACUGGUCAUGGGCAGGAAGAUGGCACAGCUGAUGGGGAAGAAGAGGGCUCUGCUGAUGGGGAGGGAGAGGGCUCUGCUGAUGGGGAAGAAGAGGGCUCUGUUGAUGGGGAGGGAGAGGGUGCUGCUGAAGGAAAGAAACAGGAUGGAGACGAGAAUGAGGAACAAAGCAAUAGGAGCACAGAAGACAGUGAUGUAGGGAAUGUGGAGAUUGACAAAAGCAAAACCUUGUCGGAGCUUCCUCAUGAGCAAAAGCAGCUUCCUGAGGAAACCGGGACAGAACGAGAACUGGGGGAUGACACAAGUGAACCAAAGGACACAUCUGAAAGCAUUAGCUCCAGCAGCCAGCAAAUCCAGCCCUGUACAGAGGAGACCACAGGGCCCAAGAAAUCCGCAGACCAAGACCGUUUGCCCCCUCUCGAGCUUCCCGCAGUCGGCAACAAACCCCACGCCGAAACCGUGGACACGGAGGAAGACGAAGGCAUCCACAGCCACGACGGCAGUGACCUCAGCGAUAGUGUUUCCGAGGGGAGUGACGACUCGGGAUUAAAUGGGGUGGGAGCAGCUGCGGAAGCUGCCAGUACUGCCAUGAAGGCCAGCGACCCAGAGCCGAGGCAAGCUUCCAAGAGUUUCACUUGCAUCUUCUGCGACCGCGUGUUUUCAGCUGAAGGGGAAUACAGGAGGCACCUGAACCGACACUUGGUUAAUGUGUACUAUCUGGAGAACGCAGCAGAGGACAGCUGAACAGCCGCAGAGCGGUCGGCGAUCUGGAAUUGCUUUCAUAAGCCGCAGAUUUGUAUCUCAAGUAGCAAUCAUCAGUGGUGUCUUGUUGUUGCAUUACUCCUUGAGGCUUCCUUGAUAUUAUCAGUCAUAUAUGUGUAAUUUGUAUUUUUGAAGGCCAUACAUUUUUCAUUUUUGUAAUCUCUUCAGUGUCAAGGUUUAUCGUAUGAACAUGAAAAAUGAUCUGGCUUUGCGUAAGGUGUAUCUCAAGGCAUAUUAUUGUUCUCAACCUGCUGUGAGUGUUGAUUGAGAUUAAUGUAUAAUACAAAGCUUUAUGGCGUUUCUAGAAAAUGUGAGGCUAGCUUUACAGACUGCAAGUUGGAAUGUGGAAUUCAACAACCAGGAGUCUUAUUUUUCUUCUUUCAUAUCUGGCGAGGCCUUUUUUUCUGUAUUCAUCCACAUCCUGUUGGUAAAUAGAGGAGUUGGUUCAUUUUUGUGACAUGGAAGUCGAGGAAAUCCUUUGGAGGGACAGCUUUGCCUUGUGUGGUAUUUCAGAAGACGGCCCUCUUUUGAAAGCGUGAGGCAUUGUUACUUCAGAGGGCUCUGAAAAAGGCAGUCGACUAUAUUCUGAAAGGUGAAUUUACAGAGUAGGGGCUUUCCAGACUUCAUACAUCCCAGGACGUUUUUUUUUAAAUCACCUCAUGUUAACAGAUUUUUCUUCAGAAAAAAACACUGCUUUUAGCCUCCAUGUUUCUUGCAGCGGUGUACAAACCUUCAUUAGUUAUAGCUCUUCAGAAAAAAAUUCAAAACUAGCGCUUUGAAUAAUCAUAAAAAGAGUCUGUCCAACAAAUAAGCAUAGUUUAUGCUUUAUGAAAAGUAUCAUUAUUAUAAUUAAGUAAUGUACCAAAGAUGCCCUUUGUCCUUCCCGAGUAAGAGGAAUAAUAAGACAGACACAGCUGCCCAAGCCAUGCAGUUGUGAGAAGUGCAUACACUCAUUUUGUAUUAGUUAUUCCCAUCUGCUCCUGGCUGUAUCUGACACUUUACACUUUCUUUACUGUAGAUGUGGAAUAAAAUGCUUUUAGGUACUCCAGGUUACUGGAAGUCUAAAUGAAGGAGACUAAAAGCUAUAUGAUUUUUUUUAAAAGCAUGCACUUUGUAAAAAAAAUUGUAAUCCCUUUGAUUUUUUUUCUUUCCUGUGACCUGCAAUUGCAAUACAGCAUCACAAAAACAUUCACUGGUUGCACACCAUCUUAAAGCUAUGCAUUGGAGCAAGGACAAAAAUAGACUUUUCGAAACUUUGUAUUUUAUUAGUUACCAGGUUUUAUAUUUCUUUUGGAACUUCUGUGUAUAUAUGUCUAUCAAAACCUAAAUCAUAGGUAGUCAGUAGGCUUUUAAAUUGUAAAUUCUUGAAAUAUUUAUAAGGAUGGGUGUGUGUACCUUGGAGUAUUUAGUAAAUGGUUUUCAUCGCUAUCACCUGGCUGCAAGAAGUGUUAUCCUGGUAUUUUACAGUGUAGAAAUUAUUGACUACAACAGCUUUAUUGUCCUAAUAGUAGGAAAAUCCCCCUUAUUGAAACAUUUCAUUCUGAAAUACUGUAAUAUUUAUGUAUUAAAUUCUGUUGAUAUUCACUUUUUCCUGGGCUUUUCUGUCUUAAUAGCUAAUCAUGCUCCUGGUUGUGUUUAAUUUGUGUAGUUUGAUUGUGACGUACACAGUUCAGUGCACCAUUGUGGGAUCCCUGUCAGAGGCAGUUUCAAAUUAUACGUCUCCCUUGACAACUGAGCCAGUUUUGCCUGUAAAUAUUUUUCUGAAACAAUGCUACAGGAAACAAACGGUAGACUGUUCAAUAAACUGCUUACAUCUGCACUUGGUGAUGAGUUGGAAGUACAUCUAAUUUUCUCUAAAUUCUGGUAAUUCACGGCACAUUUGUCUCUUGUGGCACUGUGUGCAAAUGAUAUUUGCAGUUGUCCUGGUCAAACUAUGGACUCCCGGUCAAAAGGUAAAACUGGAGAAUAAAACAUGGGACAACUGAUCCAAGACUGUUGGUGUGAGCUGUACCCACAGGUCACCUGGCAUCACCUGAUGCUUCAAAAGAGGCUGAUCUGGCCAGGGUGGCCUGUAAAUGCUUGUAGUUAUCAGUUUGUGUGGUGGCAACAUGUAGAUGGAGGGGUAGAAAGUGAAGAAAAAUAAGGUAAAUGCAGAGACCUCGACGGAAGAUUCAGUUAUACUUCGAUUUGAACACAAUAGAUGAAGUCCAAAGAUCUUAUAUAUAUAUAGUAUAUUUGUUGUAAAGAAAGGAGUCUUUGUAAAAUUUGAACUCUUUUCUGUAAUGCCUUUGACAAUCAGUCUUUAAUCUAGUUUGUAAACAGAUUUGUGCUUUGAGCAAUUAAGCAGGUUUUAAAGAAAGUUGGACCUAUUUUGGUCAAUAGGUUUGUUUAGAAAAUUCUUUAUUUUUAUAACAGAUUGUCCAGCUUCUCAAUAAAGUAAUGGCUUUUGCCUUCCCCUUUUCUGGUUUAAGAAAUUAAACCUUUCAUUGACAUGAAAAUAUGAUGGUACAGGUUUUGAACAGUGUAUGAUCUUCAACACCUUAUGCUUUUCAGUCAUGCAGUGUUUUUUUUUUACUGACAUUUUCAGUUGUUUAAAUGUAGAACUGUUUUAUUUUCUAGUGAUGCUCUGUAAUUAUCACUCGAAACUUUUUUUUUUAACGCGAGAGCUGGUUUGGAUGAAGAGAAAAAAUCUGCAUUUUUAUAGACGUGGAUUUUUCUAUCCUCUCUGCCACAGUCCAGGAUUCAUGGAACAGCAGCUGAGUUCUGUUUAAGAUUUCAUAUCGUCAUGUGGCAACAUGUAAAACAACUGUACAGAAAUGAGCUGAAUCACUGUAUACUGUAAUUUCACAUAAAAGAACUGAAGACCACAAACUGUGACCAUCCAUCAGAGUACUUGAGGGAAAAAUGAAACAUCGGUAAGCCAGUGACUCUCAGGCUGAGGCAAUGUCACAAAUUAACUAUUGAGGUGUUACUAUUUGACACUAUAUGAUUUUAAGGGCUACAUGACAGAUCAAAACUCUGUGGCUCUGCAGCUUUGUAAAUUGUUGACACUUGUACACAUUGUUUUGCCUGCAUCCAGACUGAACAGAUUGGUUUAUUGGUUAAGUCAGCAGUGUUGUAUUCGAUUUAAUUGACUAUUUUCCUCACUUUAAGAGCAAAUCAAUGUAUUCUGAAUAAUUUCAUACACAAAUAUCAAUUCAAAUUGAAUCCAGUGUUAUGUUCUGCCCACACAUAUCAUGGGUUUACUGUCCCUGAGCAUUAAGCUGUUUUUCCAUGUUUGCACACAAAUGACCUAAAUUGUCAUUCAGUUUGGUAUAGCUUUAUCUGAUUUUUUUUCUUUUUUUUGUCUGGAUGUACAUUAUGUAAUACGUUGUACUGCCAGACUGCUGAUUAUGUUGAGCAACCUAUACACAUUCUUUUGCAUAUCCAGUGCAAUAUUGCCUGUUCAAAUAAAACCAAAGUAUGUAUAGGACUCUUAUGAACUACUGUGCAUUCUUAGUUCCCCUGUCUAAAAAUAUUGGGCACAGGGAAAAUGAUGUUCCUUUCAAUUGCUAUUUGUCUGAAUUGAAAAUGCACUCAUUCUGGGUGGUUAGAUUGCAAAUUGUGGUAUCUAUAUGUGUUAGUGUUAUAUAAAACUGGAAAUGAUUAUUCUUUAUGUACAUUUGUUUAUCUAUAGUAAUUAGGUCAUUUCUUAAGAUAGACACUGUAACUGUCCAAUGCAUGUAUCAUUAAUUGUACUCGGUUAUAUGUAAUUUGUUGUUUGUACUAUGUAGUAAAUAACACAGUAUCCCUUUUUUUAGUAGGGGCUGUUGGGCUCAUUAAACCAUUACUGGACUAGCAAAGGAAAAAUAAAGCAUUUAUGUUUGAAGAAAGAUGUGAUGCAUAGUGACAUCUAGCAGUUGGGCCAAGAUUAGCUUGUUUCAUUUUCUUGUUUGUCCACAGAGAAUGAAUUUUCCCCAAUUUGCAUUGUCAGAGCAUCUUUUUUUAUUAAUGAUGCUUCAUUUAUAGACCACAAACUCCAGCUACCAAUUUCACUUUACAGAAAGUGUGAAAUAAGUAAUUAAGGGGUGUAUUAUUACAGAACUGUACAUUACUGCUAUAAGUGGUAAGAACACAAAUUAUAUCAAGAGAUGUUAAAAGUGUAAUGAGUGUUGAAUUGAUAGCAUCUUUAACACCUCUCUCUAUAAUAUGCACCAAUAAUAAUGAGCUGUUAUUGAAAGAAGGGGAUACUGAGUCAUUUGCUUGACUUUGACUGAUCCAGUGUAUAUGAACUGCUCCCAAGCUGUAGAAAAACACUGUAGAAUUUUUCAAUAAAAAUUUAAGUUGA